CGAGAACUUUGUGAUUGCGAAUUUUUGUUGUACUGAACGAAUAUGUUGCGAUCGAGUGUGUGGCGGCAAACAUGCGUUUUGAUAGUUCUAGUCUUAGGCUCAAAUGGAGGAUAUGUCGAAGGGAAGGCGACAAUUAUUGAAGGGGAUAUAUAUGUGAACGAUAUAGCGGUUGCUGGUACAAUGAGCAAUAAGGACUCCUCAACUCCGGUGACCUACCCUUGGCCUCACGGCGUGGUGCCCUACGUCAUCCACGAUUCUAUAGCCAAGGACAGCGCCAAAAACCAAGCAUUACUUGAUGGGAUGAACAUCAUUAUGAAGAAAACAGCUAAUUGUAUACAAUUCGUACCAAGAAACAACCAUUUAAAUUACACCCACUUCACCGGCGAUAUUUCAGGUUGUUUCAGUGAUGUUGGUAUGAAGCACGGUGCAUUGGCAGUGAAUAUAGGGGAUGGUUGUGGGACAGCAGGGAUCGUCAUGCAUGAGUUGCUGCACGCCCUAGGAUUCUGGCACGAACACAGUCGACAAGACAGGGACGAGUAUGUGAAUAUCCACUACGGAAACAUCAUAUAUGGAGAGAAAAGCAAUUUUCAAAAGAGGUCUGUCCAUGAAGAUCUUGAGACAUGCGUGUCGUAUGACUUCCACUCCCUUUUGCACUAUAAACACAAUGCGUUCUCUCAGCUAUCGACGCUAGACACCAUUACGCCGACGGAAUAUUUCAGUCACUUGGUGAAGAAGACUGAACUUGGCCAAAGGGAUCAUCUCAGUAUUCUUGAUGUUGCAAAGAUAAAGUGGCUUUACCAGUGCCCUCAAGGUGAAACAUAA